ACUGGAUGGGGCUGGAUGUGGAUUGGGAUUGUGUGGACUCCAGCACCCCCUAAUGGUGCCAGCACUCGCUCCCUCUGGUUUUGGAGCAGUGCCACAGCCAUCCUAGCAGCUGUCAGCCUUGGUCUUCAGCCCUUGGGGAUGACAUUCCCUGGUGUCCAGAGUGCCACUGUGACUGUGAGCAACCCUGUGGAGAAAGUGGCCUAUCUUGUAGUAUUCCAUAUUCUCUUUGUGCUCUUUGUGUGGACAUACUGGAAGUCUGUUUUCACUCUCCCAAUACCACCAGGCAAAAAGUUCCACAUGUCCUACGCUGACCAGGAGCGCUACGAGAGCGAGGAGAGGCCCGAGGUGCAGCGGCAGAUCCUCGCCGAGAUCGCCAGGAAGCUGCCGGUGUACACCAGGACAGGCAACGGAGGGAUUCGGUUCUGUGACAGAUGCCAGCUGAUCAAACCUGACCGUUGUCACCAUUGCUCUGUUUGUGCCAUGUGUGUGCUAAAAAUGGAUCAUCACUGUCCAUGGGUGAAUAACUGCAUUGGAUUUUCUAACUACAAAUUCUUUCUACUGUUCUUAGCCUAUUCUUUGUUGUAUUGCUUGUAUAUUGCUGCAACAGUCUUCAAGUAUUUCAUUAAGUAUUGGACAGGUGAGCUGACCAAUGGACGUUCCAAAUUUCACAUCCUUUUCCUUCUCUUUGUGGCAGUCAUGUUCUUUGUGAGCCUCAUGUUUCUGUUUGGCUACCACUGCUGGCUCGUCAGCAGGAACAGAUCCACUCUAGAGGCUUUCUCAGCUCCAGUGUUUCAAAAUGGCCCAGAUAAAAAUGGAUUCAAUCUUGGCUUUGUGAAGAAUCUCCAGCAAGUGUUUGGGGAAGAAAAAAAGCUCUGGUUGCUGCCUAUUGCCUCUAGCCAGGGGGAUGGACAUUUCUUCCCAAUGAGAACCUUGAGUGAAGCUCGGAACCCUCUCCUGACAAAUGAGGAGCAGUGGGAAGAGGAUGGAAUAGAUGAAGAGCCUCAGGGUUCUGGUGAAGCUUCAUCCCUUGCCAUAGAAAGGGAGACAUAGCAGUGUGAAAACAGUGGUGUAAAGCUGGAUCAGAAAGCUUCCCUCUCAGGAGCCAACAUCCCUUCUCUUGGCAAGGACUUCAGUUUUGAGGGGCAGAAAACAGGUGGAUCUUCAAGAUGAGAAAACAUCCUGAAGUAUUGUCUGAUGGGAAUCUGCAUUCCAGAGUGUUCUCCAGGAAUCCUGCUGUCCAGAUGUCCCAAGGCUUUAUAAAUUUAAGUUACAGAGUUAACAGAACAAUUUUACAGAGUGAUUGUGGCCAAUCUUCUUUGGCCUGCUCUCUUUAUUUUAUAAAUACUCUAUAUUUUUUAUUCAGAAUGGGUAAAAAUGUUGAUGCGAGUGUGUUUCCGAAGGCCUUUUCAUUUUGCAAACAUCAGGGACUCAAGCUCUUGAAAUUCUUCCAAGCCAUAAUAUUCUUGGGGAUGGUUAUUUAUUUUGAGGCUGAUUCUCCAACCUUCUCUGACAAGUGGCAUUUUCUAAUGUAUUUAAAUUCUGAGUUCAGCUCAAUGCAAGACAGACCCAGUUAAAGCUGGCACUAAAUUGGUAGCUGAAUGUGAGAGUGUUGAAAGCAAAAGUGCUGAACAUGCACAUGUACAUGUGCAGCUGUGAGUGAAAAUAAAAUUUCACAUUGCCAGUAUCAAGAUUCAAGAAUAUUGUGGCCAUAGGUUCUUUAAAACAUUUUUAGGGGUGUUAUUUUCCUUGAGUUUGGGUUAUAGUGCUCUUGCAUCCUACUUGCAGGCUCCUAAAAUGCAAAAGGGAACUUCAGACAGUCCAGUUUGCAUUAAUUCCUAGGGUUAAAAUAUCAUCUCAUUCCUGGAUCAGUGUUUGAUGGAGAUUUGUGUGUUCAUGGAGUCAGAAAGGAAGAUGUGAAUUCAAAACAUGCACUGAAAGUUUGGCUCCAAGAGUCGUGUUUGGAGUUUGCACUCCACAGGGGUGGCUUGAACCCCAAAUUGCUGAAGACACAAUUGAAUUUUUCAGACUUCUUCCCAGCUCAGUGCACUGACUGGCUUCAGGGGUUUCUGCACAAGAGGUGAUCAGAUUUGUUUCUGCAUUUUGCUGCAUUUACAGUCAAAGAGGUGUAUCCCUGUUUUUGUUCUGGGGAGUGGAACUGAGACGUGGCUGGCUGGAUUAUGGAUAUUUUUCUAGACCUGAGUCCUUUUUUUUUUAAUCUGCAUGAUUCAGCCCAGUCCAUCAUUCUUGUUUGAAUUAGGUGCAUGCUAAAAGUAUUGGUGUACUGCCUCUAAGAUCAUUUAGUACCAUUUUCUAUCCCAUUUUUGUGUUUAUCAGCCCACUGGUGUUGGCAGUGACUACAGGAGCAGCUGUGAAUGCCAGCAGAAAGGAGCUGAAUUUGGAGGUGGAGGUUUUGCCUACAGACUAAACCCCUUUUUCCUCUGUUCCUCUGCUGCUGCUGCCACAGGGAAUGUGUUUGUGAGCCAGGAGAGCCUUGCAGAGGUUCCUUCCCUAAGAGAAGGUGUCUCACUUCUGGCUGAUCCGUGCCCUGUGGGCAGGAAUUUUGUCCCUCAGCCUCUGCAGUCUGUGUGGAGCAGGCAGUGCUGACCUCCCUGCGAUGUCUCACUGCUGCAUUUGGCUGUGAGGGGCCAGGGUGGGCUGGCCCAGGCUCCUGUGGGUUUGUGUCUCUCCUCAGGGUGGCCCUGAACACUGAAAAUGUUCCUGCUUCAGCCACCUGAGCCCCAUCUGUUGAGUGGCUCUGCCACCACAUGGCUGCUGAGUGCUGGAAGGGUUUUUCCUGUCAAUCUAAAGCUGCAUUUCUAAUGCAAAUCUGGUGUUGGACCUUGUGCUGUGUGUGAUGCAGGGUGGCAGCUGAAUUAAUCCCCUCAUUCCUGGCAAAAUGUGCUCUGGAGGGGGAGCGUGAGAGGAUGAUGGCAGCUAAACACAGCCAGAAUUUAGCACCUGCAGAGGUGCUAUUUGUGCCUUUAAAAACUUUAAAUUCCUUGUCUAUAAAACCAGGAAGGUGAUUUGGUGACUUUCUGUUUCAUCCUGCCAGCUGAAGUGUUUGUGUGGAUUUACAGGAAGGUUUUUUGGUGUGAAUUUACAGAGCUUGUGUGGAUUUACAGGAGUUUUCUGAGCAGGUCCUUGUCCCCCUCCUGGGUUUGGCUCUGGUUACAGCCCUGCCUUUAUUUGAGUUGUUCCUGUGCCAGGCAGCAGCAGCAGAGCUGUGCAGGAGCUCCCCUGCCUGCUCCUGCUGCUGCACUGCUCAUUGGGGAGUACAGAAAAUCAGGUUUUGUCUUCUAAUACUAAGGCAGAUAUCUUUAUGAUGGCACUGGUUCCAAGCUCAGAUUGAGAAAGGGAUUUACAUAUUUCCAAGUAACUUUUAUUUAGUCACUUUUCUUGUAAUUAAUUAUGGUUAUCUCUUCCCUUUCCUUCAAAGCAGCUCAGCCUCCCGUGGUUGUAACAAACUUGUCCAGGUAGAAACAACACAAAGUUAUCACUUCAGAGCCACUUCUUAAUAUCCACACAUCAGAUGCUGGAAAGCUUAAUGAAAUGUGAAAGAAACCCAAAGUUGUGUAAAGUGAGGCAGAACAAAAUGGGAAAAACCCACAUGUCUGAGUGAGCAGCUCCAUUUUGUUCCCUUCUGCUCACUGAAGGUGAUAUCCUUAUUUUACCCCUGGCCUUUGUCCUUUUUAUGCUGAGUAAAUGCACUGGAAAACAGUUCCUCAGGCUGCAGGUGACAAAAGAGAAUAUUCAGCCCAGUGUGUGAUAGGUUUUUUUAACCUGCAAGUGGCCCUUCAGGGGCUCUGACUGCAGCCCACUGCAGCACCUCCUUUGUUUUCCAUGCCCUGAUCCUCAUCCAGAGGCUCUCCACCAUCAUCACUGAUUGUAAGGGCUGUAUCACCAAACCUCUCCCCCACCUGCCCUGCCUGCACUCUCCAUCCCAGCAUUCCAGGAGUGGCACUCAUCCCCCAAGUCCCAUCAACAGCAAGGACACUGCAGCUCUGGGAGCUGGCCAGUGAUCCCAGCUCAUCCUGGGUGUAUCUCACACUGCCUGUGCUGGUGGCCCAGCAUUCCAGGUGCACCCUGAGUGCCAGGAGCACCCCAGCAGUGCUCACUGUCACUCUGGGUGUGUGCUGUAGGUGCAGUCCAUUCAGGGAACCUGGAGAGCUGUCAAGGUUCCAGUCCCAGUUCUGCUGUCAGUUGUGUGGCUGCAGGGGCUGCUGGAGGUGUUCCACUGUGGAGGCAGCAAGGGAACUGUCUCACCCCCUCCAGGGGCUGCUUUCUCUGCUUAGCACUGGAUCUACACUACAGCUUUCUCAGCUUGGAGCAACUUUUCCAAGUGAUGUCACCAUGGAAAGGAGGGAACUCUUUUGUUGGACUUUACUGUGAUGCCUCCAUUGUUAUCCCUGUGCUCCUGGAUUCAUCCUCUGAAAUAACUGACCACUAACAGCCACCUGCCCACCUCCCCCCCUUCUGUCCCAUUUACAUUCAGGUCCAAAAACCCAGACAGAGCAUCACAUUGAUGUUUCUCUGUGCAAUUGUCCUUAUCCAGCCCUGGGCCAGCAAGUCCUGCCCAAGGAACCAGGACUGUGCAACCCCCACUGCGCUGCCAGGUUUCUCUUGCUGAGUUGGAAGUUUUUGGAGUAGGAUAAUCUUGUUUUCCUUCAAGCAGGGAGCAUUCUGUAUGUUUGAGGAGGCUGUACCCAGUGUGUGUGUGGGGUGCAGUCACUGGUGAGAAUCAGGAAGCUUCCAAAUCACACUAUGCAAUGAAUGUUUGCUUCCUGGGACAAACAGGAGUGGAUUCAGCAGAAUCCACACCAGCUGCAGCUCUGUACUUCUAGAUGCUGGUCUGGACUGAAAGCACAACUUGAUGCAUAAAGUCUGUCAUGUGAUAUGAAUGUAAAAUAUAAAGGGGAAAAAGAAAUUACUGUUUUUCCCCUGAAUUUAGCUAUGAAGAAUGAUGUACUGAGCAGUUACUCUGUGCAGAGUUACUCUGCUGAGCAGUUGCUCUGUGCAGAGCUGAGGCACUCAUGGAAGGGUUUAAUUAGCAGGGGAAAGGAGCCACUACUGACCUUGUUUAUUAAGCCAGAACUAAUUAACUCAAAAGGGUCACGUUUUCAUUUCUGUGACUCCUGUGGUACAGAUUUCUGAAAUGGAUCCAUAGUACUUGAAAAUACCUCAAUUUUAUUGAUAUUUUUCCAAUUCUAUCAGCUUCUGCUUUAUUGCAGAACUCUUGCAAACCUAAACUGACUCUGAACUGAUCAGAUCAUUCAGAUGACUGAAGGUGUUUGCAUGGCAGAGGGGCUCUGGCCUGGCAGACCCUGUCCUGGCUCUGCCAUGGGCUCUUCCUGCCCAGUGCUGCAUUCCUGCCCUGGUCACAGGCACUGAGCUCACACCCACUGCUGCAGGGUUUUAGUCUCUUGUCCUUUUCCCAUCCCACUUUGAGUCUUCCCUCUUCCUCCUGAACAUACAGUUUAAUAUUUUCAGCUGUGAGCUGCUUGUGCUGGUUUUUUGGAUACUGUGAAGGUGAGUAGGUGUCAUUUUAUGCAGUUGUGCCAUGUUUUAUUUGUAAUUAAUCUCUGUUUGUCAGGUAUUGGUUUGUGGUUCCCAUCAUCAGGCCCAGCUGGCUUUGCUUAGAGCAGGAUCCCACUUCCUGCAUUUUCUCUUUCCUAAAAGCCUCAUUUCUUCAUUCUCCAGCUUCCGUUUGGGAUGUAAACCUUGUGAAAUAAAAUGUAAGUUUACAUUUCAAAUACAAGCCUGUAAGUUGCUCAUGCCUGCAUGCUCCUUAAAAUACUAUUUUUUUUCUGUAUGAGGUUUUAAGAUUUACCAGCAGCAUUUGUAAAACUUCAGUGGGUAACAGCCAUUGUUUAAAAAAAAUAUGCUAAGGAGGGGGGAAGCCACAACCACAAAAAAAAAAAAA